AAAACCAUGCCUAAACCUCCGCCUCAGCCGUAAGGUUGUUGAAGGCCUAUAUAUAUAUAAGGCGAUUCUCCGUCGCUUUCAUUGGGUUGAGAAUCGUCAUAUUGGUCGUCAAAAAGCGUUUGCAUUCGAAAGAGACUCUCAAAAAGUGGAGUAUUUUAUGCUUGAUUUGGUAAACGUCAAUGCUAGGGUAUAAUUUCCACUCUGGUUGGACCAUGUGAAAUUGAUGCAGAUGCUCUUCCCCAGCUGUAAUUUCUGGGCAUUUUUCAUUCUCCUCUGAACUGGGUUUGUGUCAGUGAGAGAGAGAAAUUAUGAUGAGCUUCCAGGAAUUUUGCACACACAAGACGCUGGUCGGGCUGGGAUUGGGGCAACUUCUCUCUCUUCUCAUCACUUCCACCGGGUUUUCAUCUUCGGAACUUGCUAGAAGAGGGAUUGAUGCACCAACUUCACAGUCUUUUCUAAAUUAUGUGCUUUUGGCAAUAGUCUAUGGAGGCAUGCUGUUAUACAGAAAGAAAGCACUCAAGGCAAAAUGGUAUUACUAUGUAAUUCUUGGAUUGGUGGAUGUGGAGGCAAAUUUUUUGGUUGUCAAGGCAUAUCAGUACACAUCCUUAACAAGUGUUAUGCUUCUGGACUGUUGGUCAAUCCCAUGCGUCAUUGUUCUCACAUGGAUUUUCUUGAAAACAAGAUACAGAUACCAAAAGUUUGCUGGUGUAGCUGUCUGUGUUGCUGGUCUUGUUUUGGUUGUUUUCUCAGAUGCCCAUUCAAGUGAUCGAGCAAGUGGGAGCAACCCUAUUAAAGGAGAUUUGCUUGUGGUCUCUGGGUCUAUGCUUUAUGCUGUCAGUAAUGUCAGUGAGGAGUUUCUUGUGAAAAGUGCUGAUCAAACUGAACUCAUGGCAAUGUUGGGCUUUUUUGGUGCAAUUGUCAGUGCUUGCCAAAUAAGCAUACUUGAACGUGAUGAGCUCAAAUCAAUCCAUUGGUCAGCUGGUGCAGUGCUUCCUUUUAUUGGAUUUGCAGUGGCAAUGUUUCUGUUUUACUCGUUGGUCCCAAUCUUGCUUAAGAUUAGUGGGUCUACAAUGCUAAACCUUUCUUUGCUGACAUCAGACAUGUGGGCUGUCUUGAUUCGCAUCUUUGCUUACCAUGAGAAGGUCGACUGGAUGUAUUUCUUAGCCUUCACCUCUGUUGCGGUUGGACUCCUUAUAUAUUCAGUGGGUGACAAGGAAGAGGAUCAAUGUCGUGCAGCAGACGCUAGUUGCCAAGAAGAUCCAGAGAGAAGCAAACAUUUUGAUGCAGAAGCUGGCUUAGCUGGAAAUCCAGCAACCUGUACUGGGAGCUCAGAAUCAAAAGGUAGCGAUAGCGAUAGUGUUUUUUAAUGCAGUACAUGAUGCUGCUGAAGGCAAGCGAAGGCCAACCAAGGGUCACUGAGCCAAGAAAGCCUUUGUUUUUUUCGUAGCAUUUUCUAUAGAAAUGUUAAAAGGAGUUUCUAAUUAUGAGAAGGGAGGGGAUCGAUGGGAAAUAAGUAGCUCAAUCGUUUUUAUGUUUGUAUUCGAUUUGGGUUUUUACGAAAUUCCUUUCCACUAAUGAUUCGAGCUUGAAAUCAUUAAAUGAAAGUUUCAAACUUUGGUUGA